UGCAUUCAAAUAGUGUUUUAAACAAAACACGUGUUUAUUAAAGCAUUUAUUUUUAAUAUUUAUUUCACGUUAACUGAACACAUCUUUUAAUACUUGUGACCACUAUUUAAGACAAUUCGUAUUUGUCUUUAAUAUCAUAUUUUAAUUGCCAUCAAUCGUGUCAUAAAUGGGAAGACCAGGUUUCAGUCCUCGCGGUGGAGGGUUUAGAGGUGGCGGCGGUGGCCGAGGAGGUCGUGGUGGCUUUGGAGGCCGUGGAGGUGGCGGAGGAGGAGGAGGUGAUAAUAGUUGUUUCAAAUGUGGRCAAAGCGGACAUUUUUCACGUGAGUGUCCUAACGCCAGCCAAGGAGGUGGUGGACGUGGAGGCGGCAGUGGUGGAGAUAAUAGUUGUUUCAAAUGUGGACAAAGCGGUCACUUUUCACGCGAGUGUCCUAAUGCCAGUCAAGGAGGCGGCGGUGGAGGAGGAGGUGGCGGCGGUUGUUUCAAGUGUGGACAAGACGGACAUUUUUCACGAGAAUGUCCGAAUUCAAGCCAAGGUGGAGGACGCGGAGGUUUUCGUGGUGGCAGAGGUGGUGGCCGUGGUGGUGGUGACCGCGGAGGUCGUGGUGGCCGAGGAGGAGGUAGAGGUGGAACUCCCAGAGGUGGUCGCGGAGGUGGACGAGGCGGAGGUAGAGGUGGUAGAGGAGGAGGGGCUGGUUUUAGAGGCGGUAAAAAGGUUAUGGUUGAACCACAUCAACGUCUUGAUGGUGUGUUCAUAGCGAGAGGUAAAGAAGAUGCUUUGGUGACCAAAAAUAUGGUUCCCGGAGAUUCGGUAUACGGAGAAAAAAGAGUGUCUAUUGAUGAUGAAAACGGAAAAAUUGAGUAUCGCGUGUGGAAUCCUUUCCGAUCAAAACUGGGCGCCGCUAUAUUGGGAGGGGUGGAGAACAUACAUAUCGCUCCCGGGUCUAAAGUUUUGUAUUUGGGCGCCGCCUCUGGAACUACUGUCUCACAUGUGUCCGAUAUUGUAGGUCCUGAAGGACGUGUAUAUGCUGUUGAAUUUUCACACCGAUCGGGUCGAGACCUCUUAGGUGUAGCUCAAAAGCGUAGUAAUAUAGUUCCGAUCAUUGAAGACGCCAGACAUCCACACAAGUAUCGUAUGGUAUUGUCAAUGGUUGAUACGAUAUUUGCCGAUGUGGCCCAACCAGAUCAGGCCCGCAUUGUUUUGCUUAAUGCUCAGCACUUCCUCAAAAUUGGUGGUCACGUUGUCAUUUCAAUUAAGGCCAAUUGUAUUGACUCUACGGCUCCGGCAGAAGCAGUGUUUGCACAGGAAGUGAAUAAAUUAAAAUUAGAAAAAGUUAAACCCUUAGAACAGGUGACUCUUGARCCCUAUGAAAGAGAUCACGCUGUCGUUGUUGGUAUCUAUAGGUCCGAUGUCAAGAAAGAAUAGGUUAAAGUUUAAGUUUAUAUUAUCACUCAUAUCUACCCAACCAUCAUAUGUCCCAUUAAUUUAAAGUAAUUAUGACAAUGGAUUUUCUUAACGACGACAUAUGAAUUAUUUUAUUGAUAAAAAAUAUUUUUAUUAUGUAUUUUGAAAAUAAAAAUUAUCCGAAAUCACAAUU